CUGAAUCGAACUCAAAACUAUCCGAAGCAGACUGAAUCGAAAAUAUGUCCAGUAAAUAUCCGAAUCCGAACCGACGAAAUGCCCAGGCCUACAGAUUGUACCAAGUACAAACCUUCAGAAAGAUAGAGAUCUGAGAGGGAAAUUCCAAUCAUCUCCGAUUGUUUCCGCCGGUGGAUUUACCAGAAGCGUCCCUUGAAAUCGUGUGACCAUCCCUUCCUAUUUUCUCUUAUUGUUUUCAUUUGUCGAUGACGGUUUCCGAGAUUAUUAUUGAUUGACGGACAAAUUCGAUUGUAUUUGGAAACGUUCUUAGGAUCUGCUCUUCGUAUUGUUUGAGAGAGGGGAAUGAGAAUCGUAGGGCUAACGGGAGGCAUAGCGUCUGGGAAGAGUACAGUCUCCAACCUCUUUAAGGCUAGUGGCAUUCCCGUUGUUGACGCUGAUGUCGUUGCACGAAAUGUGUUGAAGAAAGGAAGCGGUGGAUGGAAAAGAGUAGUUGCAGCUUUCGGGGAGGAGAUUCUUCUUCCUAGUAGAGAAGUGGACCGGCCAAAACUCGGUCAGAUGGUCUUCUCUUCAGAUUCCAAGCGCCAACUUCUAAACAAGCUGAUGGCUCCAUACAUAUCAACUGGUAUCUUUUGGGAGAUUCUGAAACAAUGGGCGAAAGGAGCUAAAGUGAUCGUUGUCGAUAUCCCGUUGCUGUUCGAAGUGAAGAUGGAUAAAUGGACGAAACCCAUUGUUGUCGUGUGGGUCAGUCAAGAAACUCAGCUCAAGAGACUGAUGGGGAGAGAUGGACUGAGCGAGGAAGAUGCCGGAAACAGAGUGAUGGCUCAGAUGUCGUUGGAUUUGAAAAGAAGCAAGGCUGAUGUUGUGAUCGAGAAUAAUGGAGAUCUCGACCACCUCAACCAACAGUUCAGUAAGGUAUUGUCUGAAAUCAGAAGACCACUGACUUGGACUGAGUUUUGGCGUUCAAGACAAGGAACCUUCUCGGUUCUUGGUUUGGUGACUUCAGGACUCUUUGUUUGCAAACAUUUCAGUAUUGGCCCUUAGCAAUUGCUUUUUUUUAAACACGCUCUUAGCAAUUGCUUAUAAUACUGUGUUGGCUACACUUAAGAGUGGACGUAGAUCUUUUUCAAAUGAA